UCCAGACAGAAGCAGUUAGGAGAACCAAACCAAAGCUUCUGAAUACGUCCGGUCCAGACUAUUUCAAUGAACUAAUACUUGUUGGGUGUUGGGUCUUUUUUUAAAAGAAGAAGACGAAGAAGAAGAAUUUGCAAGUAUCUAGAUCACAGUAACUUUUUAUUUUUUUAUUUUUUUAUAUUAAAAAUAAAGAUUUCAGGACCCAGUUAAGAUGCUUCCAACGGAGACUUCUUUCGUUGAGUUCCUCAGCCUGGAGGACCCCCAAAACAGGUCCAUAUUUCUGGACUCAGAGUUCCGCUACACACUUUUCCCCGCAUUCUACGGUGUGGUGUUUGUGAUCGGGCUGGUGGCCAAUGUGUACGCCCUCUACGUCCUGAAUCACAUGCGGGAGUCCAAGGCCAUGAACGAGAUACGUAUCUACAUGACCAACCUGACCGUAGCGGAUCUGCUUUUUGUCUGUGUGCUUCCCUUCUGGAUCAACUAUUAUAUUAAUCGUGGCGACUGGAUUUACUCAGACUUUUUUUGCCGCAUCAAUGGUGCACUUUUCUUCAUUAACACCUAUUGCUCCGUCCUCUUCCUCACCGUUAUCAGCAUCAAUCGGUACUGGGCAGUGACUCGGCCACUGGUGGCCGCUUCUUCAGACUGCUGGAGGCGGGGGGUCAUUACCUCCGUGAUUGUCUGGGUUGUUACAUUGGCGGCGGCAUCUUAUAACCUCGCCACCCGACUCCAGAGAGACGAUCAUGCAAAUGUGUCCCGAUGUUUCGAGGGUUAUCAUAACAAUACUUCAUCCAAGCUACCGGUCAUUGUCAUCCACUUCUUAAUUAUUGGCCUGUUCUUCACAGUGUUCCUUCUUGUUGUUUUCUGCAACAUGCUCAUUGCGUGCACCCUCCUGUCCCAGCCCAUCAGUCAGCCACGGUCCAGUACAGGACGCCGACCUCACGGGACCAAACGCCGCGCCUUGCGCAUGCUGUGCGCCGUCGUGGGUGUGUUCGUCAUCUGUUUCAUUCCUCAUCACGUCGUCCAAGGCCCGUGGACUCUCGCGGUCCUAAAUAUGACCGACUGGAGCCAGGAAACCAAGCAGUACCUGAACGACGCCCAUCAAGUCACAUUGCUCCUCAUGGGCUUGAACUGUAUCCUGGACCCCAUCGUUUACUGCUUCUCCACCAGGAAAUUCCGCAUGUACAUACAGGGUCACCUUAAGAAAGUGAAGCAUGGGAAAACCUGCUCCAAUUACACCAGCACCACGGGCAUGUCAAUGAAAAUCAGGAAUCAGAGUGAAGACCUGAGCGUCUUCGAGCAGAAGCAGUAAAAGAGAUUUUUUACAGCAACGCCAUCGAUGUCUUACAGCAAGAUGUUUUGAGACACCUAUCAAAGACUAUAUAUUAUCAGAUUAGGUGUAAAAAAUAAGCCUUCAUCUGGUAUUUAAGAAGUUUCACAAUUUUUCAGAAAAUUCCCACUUGUGACAGUUGAAUUGUGGGUAACAUAGGAAAGAGUUAUCAGAAGUGAAAAUAGAAGGGCAUUUUUAUAAAAGUUCAAAGCUAUUAUAUCAUUACAAAAUAUUGGACAUAAACAGACCCUUUUUUUUUUUUUUUUUUUUACAUGAACCAUGUAGCUGAUGUGUAAAUUUAUGCUGAACUAUUCACCAUCCAAAAGAAAUUCCAGAAUUUCAUAGAAGUGGGUUUCGAACCCAUCUUUAUUUCAGCCUGUACACAUCGCUGUAGCUGGACUUCCCUAUGUAACUUAAUUGCGCAACGCUGAUUUCUUAAGCAUGUUUUUUUUGGUACGUUCCGCAAAACACAGGAUCACAGGACGUUCGUGUCACCAGUGUACUUCUUCCUAAAUUUUCAAUAUUUCGCCCAUGCUCUACUUCACCUAAUCAAAUUCCUCAGCUAUUUGAAGACCUUCAACCGUUGCAUGAGGUUGAUUUCGACAGCAGUAACCUGUAAAGAUAUUUGGGGGAUUUGGGAGUUUGGGAGUGUUGGUGGGUUGGUCACAGGAUGUACACUGUAUAGACAAAUGUAUUGUGACACAUGCUUUUUCCAUCCACAUGUGGUUCUUCUGCAAAGCUGUUACCACAAAAUGUCAAUGCCCCUGUGCACACACAAAAAACGUUUGACCUCAAUCCUAUUGAACACCUUUGCGAAGAAGUCGAACGGUGGCUGAGCUGCCUCCUAAAAAUCUAGUGGUUCCCAGAAGAUUGGAGGUUAUUAAGCAAAAUGGGGACUAAAUGUGAAACGGGAAGUUCAAAAAGCAAACAAACAUUUGUCCAUAUAGUGUAAAGAGGCUUAAAUCUCGAGUUGUAAGACCAUAAUUGACUUGUAGUCACAAGUCUCAUGCACUUUUGGUGAUGGUGAAAUAAUGGAUGUGUGUUCACAUUAGCAGUGUGUUAACACGUUCAAAUGGGGAAAGAUUACAGAAGCGUUUCCUCAUCGAUGCUUUCAUUUUUGGGUGGAAAUCCAAACAGAAAUCAUCACUUUAUCUAUAAAUGUAAUAUAUUGUACAAUGUUUAAACCAUUUGCUUAAGCUUGAUUUUUGUGAUUGUUUUUAAUAUGCUGUGGAGAUGAAGUUAAUGUGUAUGCACAUUAUUGUUUCUUAAUAAACUGUCAAUGCACUUAGCUGUUAUAUAAACCACAGAAUUUGGCUGAACUGUUUUUCCGUUCUGUCAGAUUUUAUCACCGAUGCGAGACGGUGGCCAUGGAGACAUUCAGUGCUAGCAUGGGUGUGAGUUUUGUUUCAACACAGCGUUUUUUUUAUUUUUUAUGGCAGUGACAAAAUGCCAAUAUUUUGAAUCAUUAUUUGACUCAUUUAAUAGAAAAAUCUAUAAUAUUGAGUUUGUAACCUUUUUGUUCACAAUUUAUAUAAACAAACAUAUUAACAAAAAGCUAAACUCUAAUGGUUUUUUUACUUUUUUAAUAGAAAUGGAAUCAAAAUAGUUUCACAUUUAAAAAGGAGGAAGGAAAUGUUAAAACCUUUUGCUGUAUCUGAAUGAAACGUGAUGUUAGGGGAAAUAAAACAAACAAAAACAUUCUGACUCUUAUUCAGAGUUGCCACUGUAGCAAUAAAACAUACACAAAGGAAUAAAGAGAAAAGUAGUGCUAUAAGAGAAAAUAUAUAAUCUGGGACAAAAUAAAACCAACCUUCCCCCCAAAUAUCGGUUAGGGAACAGAUUUGUGUCUCCCAGUUCAGCUCAGUGGUUAAGGUGCUGGGUUACUGAUUGUUGGGGGUUCAAGCCCCGAUAUCGCCAAGCUGCCACUCUUGGGCCCUUGAGCAAGGCCCUUAACUCUCUGUGCUCAAGGGGCUGUACCUUGGAUGACCUCAACUUGCUCAGAAGAAAGAAAGAAUUUCGCUGUAAUGUAUGUGUGACAAACUAUACAAUUUUAUCCGAAGAACUUUUACUUUGUCAACAAAUAUGUAAAUGUACAGAUGUUUCACUUUAUUUUCAUUAUCAACACAGGGCUUGGACGUAUAAAUUCAGGACAUUGUCUUGUUGUUUGCUGUAUGUUGUAAGUCGGUUCCAGGCGGAAUUGCAUGAUGUUGAAGUAUGUAAUGUUUGCCAUGUUGGUUCCUUUCAACUGGAAUAAAU